UUGUGUGGAACGAACAAACAAUGACACCUUGCGGAACGGUCGGAUAUACUGCUCCUGAAAUUGUCAAAGAUGAACGAUAUAGCAAAAGUGUUGAUAUGUGGGCACUCGGUUGUGUCUUAUACACUUUGCUUUGUGGUUUCCCUCCAUUUUAUGAUGAAAGUAUUCGUGAUUUGACUGAAAAA